AUGAAUAGUUGGUCAGUUCGAAUCUCAUCAACCGUCAACUGGUAUGACCAGGACCAGUGGGUUUCUUGAAUUGUGGAUGUGCUUGGCCGAGCUGUGAAGAGCAAGCAAUUAUUAUCGAUAUUUCAUGGGCAUAAGGAGCAAAUUCGAGUCAGAUGAGACCAAUCAAUGGAACAAGAACAAAGAACUCCGGUAUAACAUCACCGUGUUGCGGUUUCAGUUACGCCGAGCCGAGUGACGGUGUGGAGAUGUCAAUCGGUUCUGUUCGACUACUACUUCUCUGCAUUCUCACUGCGAUUCCAGCAAGUGGGCAGCUUCAAACAGGCUUCAUAAGCAUAAACUGUGGGACGCCCGCGAAUUUCAAGUACUUCGACAUUGACACCGGAAUAAGUUACCAGCCCGAUGGAGCCUACACUGACAUGGGAACGAACUGGAACAUCUCUUCUGACUAUGCUUACCCAAACAACCCCAAUCUGCCUCAGCCGCUUUCGGAUCUUCAAAGCUUUUCUCAAGGAAACAGAAACUGCUACACCUCAAGACAUGCAGGUAACGCCAGCUUGUAUUUAAUAAGAGCUAGUUUCUUUUAUGCGAAUUAUGAUGCACUCAGUGAUCCGCCUCAGUUCGAUCUCUAUCUCGAUGCCAAUCUCUGGCUGACGGUGAAGUUCAGCAACGCUGCUGAUGUCGUGACCGCAGAGACCGUCAGUUUCGCACCGUCAGAGGCUAUUUAUUUUUGUCUAGCGAACAAUGGUGCCGGAGUUCCUUUCAUAUCGGCAUUGGAGCUUAGGCCGCUGAACAGUUCGACGUAUGACUCUGAGUUAGGGAAAUCUGCUUCAUUACUUCUCUUUCAAAGGUUGAACGUUGGUUCUACGAAGGGAAGUGGUAGAUACACAGAUGAUAUAUACGACCGCGUCUGGGCUCCUUAUGUUUCCCCUUCAUGGGAGGCGAUCAAUACUUCGUCGGCAGUAAAUACAAAUGAAAACGGCUACAAAGUGCCUCCUGAAGUCAUUCAGACAGCUGCUAGGCCGCGGAAUGCGAACGAACCCUUGGAAUUGCGCUGGACCUCAAGCGAUCAGUUCUUUGUGUACUUGUACUUUGCCAAAGUCGAGCAGCUUCGGAGAAACAUUUCGAGAAAAUUCAAUAUAUCAUGGAGUGGAUCUCAAGUCAGGCCUUCUAGUCCGCGCUGUCUCUAUGCAGCCACUAUAUCUAAUUCAAAAGCCUUGGUGGGAGGUGAACAUCAAAUGGUGAUCUACAAAACGGCUGAUUUGGCUCUUCCGCCCAUACUGAAUGCUGUCGAGAUUUACAAGGCAAGGUUGCUAGAUGAAUUGCUAACAAACAGCGAAGAUGUCAAUGCUUUGCUUAGUGUCAAAAACAUACCAAAUAAAGAAAAACUGGGCGGGCGAUCCAUGUGGGCCGAAGAAGCACCCGUGGGAAGGGCUCGCGUGCAACUACGGCAGUUCAGUUCCCCCUCAAGUGAUCUACCUGAACUUAAGCUCAAGCGGAUGGAAAGGGCAAUUGAUGCUGCUUUUGCAAAACUUCUGUCAUUGGAGUCCAUGGACCUGUCAAACAAUGGCUUAACCGGACCAGUGCCCGAGUUCUUGGAAGAACUCAAAAACUUGAAUUGCCUGAACUUGAGAGGCAACAAUCUGUCGGGAGCUGUGCCUAAAGCUCUUUUAGAAAGAUCGAAUGCGGGGUUGCUCACAUUGAGCGUCAAUGAACGCAAUCUUUGUGGCUCUGCUUCUUGCAGAAGGAAGAAGAGAAUCAUCAUUCCCAUCAUUGCAUCAUUGUUAUCAGCGACAGCCCUAUUUGUUGCCCUGGUGGUACUCCGGCAACUAAGAAGAAAAUGGAAAUCAGGCACGGUUCCUUCAAAUGGGGGAGGAAGAUACUUAGCAUCAGAGAAGAGGCAUUUCAAAUAUCCUGAGGUCAUUAGCAUAACUAACAACUUCCAGACAGUUAUCGGGGAGGGCGGGUUUGGUGAUCUCUACCUCGGCAUCAUGAGUGAAGGAAUCCAAGUAGCAGUGAAGAUGCUAUCUGCAUAUUCCUCACAAGGGCCCAGAGAAUUCCAGCCCGAGGCCGAACUUCUAAUGAGAAUUCACCAUAAGAACUUGGCCUCCUUCAUUGGAUGCUGUGAUGAGAGCAACAAAAUGGUGCUGAUAUAUGAAUACCUGGCUAAGGGAAGUCUGAAAAAUUAUCUGUCAGAUUGCGAUUCAUGCACAUUGAGUUGGGAGUCGAGGCUUCGCAUUGCAAUAGAUGCUGCACAAGGACUUGAGUAUUUACACCAGGACGUGAAGACCGCCAACAUUCUUUUGAGCUAAAGCAUGGAGGCUAAAAUAGCAGAUUUCGAACUUUCUAAGGUUAUCCCCAGUGACGACCAUAGCCACAUAACUGGAUAUCUUGACCCAGAGUACUACAUUUCCCGCAAAUUGAAUGAGAAAAGCGAUGUUUACAGUUUCGGGAUUGUUCUGUUGGAGCUGAUCACGGGACAGCCUGCGGUCAUCAAAGCCGAAAUGGUUGUCCAUCUGGAAUGGGUGAGUCCUUUCAUUCAAAGAGGUGACAUCCUAGACCUCGUCGAUCAAAGGUUGCAGGGAGACUUCGAUGAGAGCUCGGCACAUAGAGCGGUAGAAAUAGCAAUGGCAUGCGCAGCAUCCACAUCCCUGCAUCGACCGGCCAUGAGUUACGUGUCGCCGAAGCUUAAGCACUGCCUGGAAAUGGAGUUGCCCAGGGGCUUGGAAAGGACUCCCGGGCCGAGGGAUGAAGCGAUCAACACGACAGUUUCAACUAGUUCGCCAGAAAUUCAUUCGACCAACUUUGAUUCUAUAUCAGCUAUUUCGCCAAGGUAGCGGAUUGAGUGGAACGGCCACGGAAUUGAUAGCUGUGUUCCUCACCAUUGUAAUGUUUCUUAAAGUUUGUGAUUACUUGUAAUUACUUGUUUGUAUGUGUAUUUCUUAUAUGGGAUAUUGCAGUUUGUGAAUGCGUUUUUUGCCCUCUUAAUCAGCAUUGCUUCAAUUUUUUUUUUAAAGUGACACUAGUAGUCCGUAAACUUUGACCCAA